GCGGGAUUAUCAAGAAUACGGAUGCAUAAAAAAAAAUGACAUCUCUGAAGUCUCACAUGAUUUCAGGACCCAGUUUUAAUGAGAAUGGGCGUCAUGUGGCUCCAGUUAUGUUUGGGACUGUUUGCUUUUUGUUUGGUACAAGCUACGCAGCCUGCCUUCAAAAACACCAAAAAGCUUGAUCCUGAAAUCUAUAUGAAUAUUAGUGAGAUCAUCAGACACUGGGGUUAUCCAGCAGAAGAGUUCGAGGUGGUCACUGAGGAUGGCUACAUCCUGAGUGUUAACAGGAUCCCACACGGCGUCCACAGUAAAUUCCAGCAAGAACCCAAGCCUGUGGUGUACCUUCAGCAUGGGCUCUUGGCUGCAGGAAGUAACUGGGUGACCAACCUUCCCAACACCAGCCUUGGUUUUGUGCUAGCUGAUGCUGGAUUUGAUGUGUGGCUCGGAAACAGCCGCGGGAACACGUGGUCAAAAAAACACGUCAGCCUCACCCCUGAUCAAAAAGAGUACUGGCAAUUUAGCCAUGAUGAAAUGGCUAAGAAGGACCUUCCAGCAGUAAUAAACUUCAUCACAAAAAACACAGGACAGGAACAGAUUUUCUACGUUGGCCAUUCUCAGGGAACCACCAUUGCCUUUAUGGCUUUUUCCACAAUGCCAGAGCUGGCUAGCAAAAUCAAGAUGUUUUUUGCACUGGCCCCUGUAGCCACAGUAGCCUUCACAAACAGUCCUAUGGGCAGACUGAGUAUCCUCCCAGAGUGUCUCAUCUGGAAAUUAUUCGGCAAGAAAGACUUUUUACCUCAGAGUGCUCUCAUCAAGUUUUUUGCCACCGAAUUCUGCACCAAGAAACCAAUCAGCGUGUUGUGUGGAAACAUAUUUUUUCUCUUGUGUGGUUUCGAUGAGAAAAACCUAAACAUGACCCGAACGCCUGUGUACACGACGCACUGUCCAGCUGGAACCUCUGUCCAGAACAUGGUGCACUGGUCUCAGGCUAUAAAGAGUAAGAAACUGAUGGCAUAUGACUACGGAACAGCUGGAAAUAUUGCUCAUUAUAAUCAGUCAACCCCUCCUCUGUACAACGUGCGGGACAUGAAAGUGCCCACAGCGCUGUGGUCCGGAGGACACGACACACUUGCAGACCCAAAGGAUAUAGCAGUGCUGCUCACACAGAUCCCUAACCUGGUGUUCCAUCGUGACAUCAAGCACUGGGAGCACCUGGAUUUCAUCUGGGGCCUGGACGCCUCACAGGAGCUGUACGAGCCGAUGAUCAAGAUGAUGAGGCAGAAUAUCUGACCGCCUUUUAGCUCUUAACAAUAGGACCAAUUUUUAUGCCUUUUUAUGUGGAGUUUUAUAUCUGUCCAGCCACCAGCACUACGCCGUCUUUAAUGAUUCCUUAGCAAGGAACUAUAGCAAUUAUUCCUUUUGCAUUAUAUUUUACCUCAAGUUUGUCUUACCUAAUCUAACACAUAACACACAGUAAACAUGCUGCUAACAAGAGCUGAUUUCUUAUA